AUGGAGUUGUCAGAACCAUCAGGAAUUGUUGAGGAAAGCUUUUAUUGCCGAUACAAACAACAGUGUGAUCAGUACCUAGACCUUGACAAGGAAGAACCUGAACUUCUUACUUUAGAGCUGAAAGGGGUUCGGCCUCCCACACCAAAAUCCAGAUCUUUAAAGCGUCUGAGAAGACGAUCAUCAGCAGAUACAGAGACCAUUACAGUGGAUGGUGGUUCAUCCAAAAAGGGGAACUUGUAUCUUAAAAUAUCGGUCCCUCAAGGAUACCAUUUCUCUAAGGAAGCACGCAGCAAGUUCAAUGUAGAAACUGAGCCAGAGAAUCAAGUCUCAAUUGAUCCUGUGGAUGGAUAUCUGAGCCCAGAAGGAACCACCACACUACAUUUCAGAAGAUUAACUCCAUCGGCUUCUGUGGGAGAAUUAAUUGCAAGACUGCACUUUCUUGAGGAUGAAGUCUGUUUAUACCAGUCUGUAGCUUUUCAAGUCCCUUUCCGUGAGGUUACUUCAGACUCAUCCCUGCCUGACAUUACACUUCCAUAUCUUGUGAAGCCAAAAACUUCCUCAGGAAGCUUACAACUACCAGUUCGCUAA